UUGUGUGUGAAUCUCGGAAAAAUGGGAUAAAUUUGCUUUGGGAUGCCAAACCCUAGUUACAGCCAAUCUUGACCGCUAAGUGACGUGAUCAAGAAAUAACCUUUGUCAUUGGUGGGGAUUCAAAUCGUAUAAAUUCAAUCGCAACCUUCUAAACAGUGCAAAGCUAGAAAGAAAAAAACUGUUCACGGAGCUGCUGAAAAGGAUGGGGACGAAACCGGUGAAACAGGCGAUGGUCGUAUUUGGUGCUCUGGCAUUUGGAUGGCUGGCGAUUGAGAUGGCUUUCAAGCCAAUUCUGGACAGAGUUCGUUCGGCCAUGGAUAAAUCGGAUCCUGAACGUGAUCCCGAUGAUGUGGACGAUGAGUCCACUCGCAAACAAUCACCCUCUACUGCUGAUGAUGUCAUCUCCGACGAAACACCAACAACAACCUGAUCCACGGCGAGUUAUAGGUACUGCUUAUUAGAAAGCUCUAGAAACUGUAGUAUGGGUUUAAGACUUUUUCAACUGAGUUUCUGCUCUGUUAUCAAUUCGAUUUUAAUUUUAAUUUUAAUUUUUAUUAUCAUUAUAAGUUGUUAAUUUUGAAA